AUGAACUUAGGUCGUCUGAAUAGCAACAUAUUCAAAAUAGGUCGGGUAAAUCUGCGUAAAAAUACGAAGGAACAAACUUAUCGAAUAUUGGCUGAGGAUGGUCGUUGCAAGUGUUUCGAUGAAGAUGCAGAUGGUUACGUGCGCAGCGAAGCCGUAGUUGUUGCAUUUCUGCAAAAAAGAAAAAAUGCUAAAAGAAUCUAUGCAACAGUUAUCCAUGCGAAAACAAAUUGCGAUGGUUAUAAGGAACCGGGAAUAACAUUUCCUUUUGGCCAAAUUCAGAGAACUCUUUUCAAAGAAUUCUACGAAGAAUGCGGAACUAAAGUCGGUGAUCCUGAAGAAAUAAAUGUUAUAGAUCAGAUUUUCACGAAAAACAGAACCAAUCCUCUUAAAGUCGGUUCCAUCAAAUCAAAUUUGGGUCAUACUGAACGAGCCAGUGGAAUGUGCUCCAUUGCCAAGGUAAACAUAUUUUGA